UUGCUCGGGCGGCCGGGGGCCGCCAUUUUCCUCCAGCAAGGGAGAGCAGUCCGGAGCGUAGGUAGCGAGGGUCUGUGCGCGUUGCUAGCGAAUCGAGUAGAAAAUAGUGAAUCGGGAGACGCGAGAAGUUCUCUUCGCGUACGUCGCGAACCGUGUGCGAUCCAUACGCGCGUACGGUCGUACGGGGACCGCAGUGUGCCUGGUGGCCAGCGUAUCCGCGCGACAUUGUGCCGACUGCGGCGGUCACCCGGUAGACGGACGCCGCCACCGCCACCGCCGCCGCCGCUGCCGCUGCCGCUGCCGCCACCGCGUACCGUUGUGCAAAAUUCGCGACACCAAGCAAGGAUACAUCUCCGAAAAGGACGCGGCGAGAUAACGCGUAAUAAACGGUCGAGUGAGAGAGAGAGAGAGGGAGCCAGCGGGGAAGGAGGAGAGCAAGAGAGAAGAUUGCGCGCGAGCGCGAAGAAAAGAGAAAGAAAGAGACAAGGAGCAGCGAGUGGAGAGAGAGAGAGAGAAAAAAAACGACAGAGACACAUACACAUGCACACAUAAUUGAGACAGAAGCGGAGUGUGAAUAGUUUGGUGAUCGCAUUGUGGCCGCGCAGUGAAAAAGACUCGACUAGCCAACUCGGGGUAUUACAACGCCGAACGGGAUACCAAGAGGAGAGUGAGUCGCCUCCGACAGGAGACGGUAUUUAUUGAGCCGUGAUGAGUUGGAGAUUCGGCAGUUCCUGCCCGAAGACCGACCAGAAGUCAGUGUUGCAAAAGCAGUUUGUGUGACAAAGCCGGAAAAACAAGGAGAGUGCUGAAACAUUGUACUAGUUGGACUAGAAGAGGCAUCUCCGCUGCGAGUGUCUUGUUGAUAGAUAGAUUCUGUCGUCUUCUAUCGUUGUUGGAGGGAGAGUGGAAGGGGGAGGGCAGCGUUCGUAAUUUUUCUUUCUAGUGACACUGAGAGCGCACAGUGAAAACAAUAAAAAUAGGGGGGGCGGUCUGCUGACCGAUGGACAAACGGAAGAUGAUGCCCAAACGCCCUCGUAUGGAGAACUUGAGGGGUCCGAUUGCCAAUGGACCGAUUCAGACACGACCACUGGUUGCGCUUCUCGAUGGUCGCGAUUGCUCCAUUGAGAUGCCCAUUCUCAAGGAUGUCGCGACUGUUGCCUUUUGUGAUGCGCAGUCUACUUCAGAGAUACAUGAGAAGGUAUUAAAUGAAGCAGUGGGUGCACUGAUGUGGCACACGAUAAUUUUGACAAAGGAGGAUUUGGAAAAGUUCAAGACGCUGCGAAUUAUCGUCCGGAUUGGUUCCGGCGUGGACAACAUCGAUGUUAAGGCGGCCGGCGAGCUCGGUAUUGCAGUGUGUAAUGUGCCUGGCUAUGGCGUUGAGGAAGUGGCCGAUACGACUCUUUGUCUUAUACUAAAUCUUUAUCGACGCACUUAUUGGCUUGCGAAUAUGGUGCGCGAGGGCAAGAAGUUCACAGGACCAGAACAAGUGAGAGAAGCAGCAACUGGUUGUGCAAGGAUACGGGGUGACACAUUAGGUAUUGUAGGUCUCGGUAGGAUCGGUUCCGCUGUUGCGUUGCGUGCCAAAGCUUUUGGCUUUACUGUCAUCUUUUACGAUCCUUAUUUGCCAGACGGCAUCGAGAAAUCACUAGGUCUCACUAGGGUUUACACAUUACAGGAUUUGCUAUUUCAAUCAGACUGUGUAUCUCUACACUGUACCUUGAACGAACACAAUCACCAUCUAAUAAACGAAUAUACUAUCAAACAGAUGAGACCGGGAGCAUUUUUAGUCAAUACAGCGCGAGGUGGUCUAGUGGACGACGAUGCGCUUGCCGCAGCGCUCAAACAAGGUCGAAUUCGCGCGGCUGCGUUAGAUGUCCAUGAAAACGAGCCAUACAACGUCUUUCAGGGUCAGUCUAAUCAGUGUCCAUUGAAAGAUGCGCCCAAUUUACUGUGCACCCCACACGCCGCCUUCUAUAGUGAUGCAAGCUGCACGGAGUUACGUGAGAUGGCGGCGAGCGAGAUACGACGGGCGAUCGUCGGUCGCAUACCCGACUGCCUGCGCAACUGCGUGAACAAGGAAUACUUCCUUUCCUCGACUGGCAGUUACUCCGAGGGCAUCAACGGCGGAUACUAUGCUGGGGCGCUGCCGGUACAACAGACAGCGCAUUCGACGACUCCUCACGAUACUGCGCCCCCACCCCCGGUGCCCGGUGCCGGCGGUGGACACUCCGUCGUCGGCGUAGGUGGCGGAGGUGGAGGUGGCGGAGGUAGCGGCGGCGGGGCCGGUGGUGGUGGGGGCGGGGGCGGCGGAAUCGGCGGGCCCAACUCCUCGUCCUCGUCCGCCGUAACGGUGACGGGGGCCGCGGGCGGCGGGGCCGGCGGCGCGGGAGGUGCGGGCAGCGGGCCCGCAGGGCCGCAGGGCCCCCCUGCCGCGGUCGGCGGCGGCGGACCCCCGUCCGCCGCGGGCGUGGUGGGAGCGGCCGUCGCCGGCGGGCCUGGCGGCAGCGGUCCCGCGGCCGGGGCCCCCCCCACCGCCGGACUGCCCGGAUUACCACACAGCAUAGUGAGCGAGCCCGAUCCCCGGCCGAGCCCGCCCGCCCCGAGCCCCCGUUGACCUUGAAUAAUAUAAUAACGACACCCCCCUCUGAUAAUGUGAACGAGCCACCCAGCCCUCCCCCCCAGUUAUCUAUCUUUUCGCCCCCUCCCGCGCCCCCGCCCCCGCCCCCGGCCCCUCCAACCCGACACCCCUCAAGUCACACACUAAACUCGAGCUGCUACGCGACUACCACAUCGGCACAGCACUGCUACACCAUCCCUAAUUUUCUCUCCCCUGAUGAUUAGAUCGAAUCAUUUAAUCAGCUAACUGGAAGUAAUUACUGUUACUUCUUCUCCAGCGAUGGGAAUAACGAUGGCGAAAGAACGGCCGAUACGACUGCCCCAUAAAAUCUGUCCGCUCCGCUUCUUCCGAGAAACUCUAGAGGGAAUCUGUGCUUGAGAGAGAAUGACGAAAAGAAGUAGACGAGAAGAACGGAGAGCAAGAAAGUAUGAAUGGAAGAAAUAGCGAAUUUUGUUGAAUAUUUAGUGCGCGCUCUGAUGUGUAUUAAAGGCUUGAAUAUAAAUUGCUACAUAAAGAUUCGUAUAUAAAUUGAUGUAGAGAUACAUACACAAACUUUUGCGUAACGAGUGUACAAAAAUGAUACAAGUUUAUACACAACUUUACACAAACUUUUGUAUACAAAUUGGAAUAAAGAUGUAUGUAUACAUAAGUCGCCAAAUUGGAUUAGAUGCCAUCUUUCUACCACAAGUUUUAUCACAUCACAUUGUUUGACGAAAUAUAUGAUGGUAUUAUUGUUACUCGACGAGAAAAAUCGAAUCUUGUAUCUUUCUAUUAUUUACUACUUUUAUUAAAUCC